AUAUAGGGCAUGUCAAUAAUGCGAAUACGUACAUAAGUGGCUGCACACAUAUAUACGUAUAUAGACGGUGUUCAUACUUCAUAGUUCAUGGUGCUCCUGUAGUUUACUUUAAAGUGGAUCUGAAUCUUCCAAUAGAGCGAAAGCGAGAAAGAGGGCAGACGAUAUAUUGAGAGAAACCCAAAAAAUAGAAGAAAGAGAUAGACUUCACUCUCUCAGUCCCGCUUGUUCACUUCAAAACCCUACUAAAAAUCACUUCUCUUUUGGCUUUUUUGUUUCUUUUGUGUGCAGAGGCGAAAAGGAACCGUCCAUGGAUCCUUAUGAAGCAACGAAUGUUUUGUUCUCCAAAAUCAAGAACAUAGACCCAGAACAUGCCUCCAAAAUCAUGGGUUAUUUUCUGAUACAAGACCUCGCUGAAAGGGAUUUGAUACGCUUGGCAUUUGGCCCGGAAAUCAUCCUUCGGACCAUGAUUCUCAAGGCCAAAUCUCAGUUGGGACUUCCAUCGAAUACCUUCUCCACACCCACUGCACCGUCUCCGUUGAACCCCAUUUCAAGACCCAACAGCCACAGCCCGUUCUCACAAUCUUCUCCUCGAGUUGCGAGCACUGGUGGGCUUCCCUCUUCUCCUUCACCUAAUUAUUGGCCGCUUGGGUCUCCGAACAACGGCAAUAGUGGUAACACCUUUAGCCCCAAAUCAAGUCCCUUUCUUUCUUAUGAUAAUAUCCGUGCUGCUAUGCAACACAGAAAUGGUGUUGGCAAGGGGGAAGAUGGUGGUAAUAGCAGUGAUUUCAUUGACGAGCUUCAACUGAACGAGUAUGUUUCAUUCCUUGACGAAUCUUCUUCGUCGAUGAAGGAUGAAUUUGUUGAUCCAAGGGGUCAGUUGGGUGGUUAUGCGAUGAAUAAUGGGGAUACCCAUUUGCAUAGAAGGAGUUUUUCUGCGAGUGACGCGUAUAUUGGGCUUGAAGAAGCCGGAUUUGAUGUUGGUUAUAAACCUUGCAUGUACUUUGCCAGAGGGUUUUGCAAGAAUGAUGACAAUUGCAAAUUUAUGCACAGUGGUUUUGGUGACAUGCUUAAUGGUAUUGGAGGUGGUGUUUUUGGUUCGCCUAGCAAACUGGAGAAUCUUUAUCUUCAGCAGAAGCAUGAGGAGAUGAUGAAAUUGAAGGCCGCCCAGCAGCAUAGAUUAGCUGCACAAUUUGCUGCUGGCGGCAUGUCACCGUUGGCUUUCAGCAAGGACUUGAAUUUUCUCUCGCAACAGCAAGAUGUCUCCCCAAGAUUGGGGGCAGCUGCUCUGAUGAUGGAUGAAGAAUUUCACAAGUUUGGCCGUUGCCGCUCUGAAAGGAAUGAUUUCUUAGCAAUGGGUUUGGCAGAAAAGGCAAAUGCAGCUUCUAGACAGAUAUACUUGACAUUUCCAGCUGACAGCGCUUUUAGAGAUGAAGAUGUUUCAAAUUAUUUCAGCAAUUUUGGACCAGUACAAGAUGUCAGGAUUCCAUACCAGCAGAAGCGAAUGUUUGGCUUUGUUACCUUUGUUCACCCAGAGACUGUGAAGCUUAUAUUGGCCAGAGGGAACCCUCAUUUUAUAUGUGAUUCACGUGUCCUUGUCAAACCCUACAAGGAAAAGGGGAAAGUCCUGGACAAGAGGCAACAACAUCUACAACAACAUUUGGAAAGGGGGAGUAUUUCCCCCCGCUCAAAUCUUUCUGGGGUUGAUUCUGCAGAGCUAUAUGACCUUCACCUUGGAGCAAGAAUGUACUAUAAUGCGCAGGAGAUGGUGAUGAGAAGGAAGUUAGAGGAGCAGGCUGAAUUGCAGCGAGCUAUUGAACUGCAAGGGAGAAGGUUGAUAAAUCUUCAACUUCCAGACUUGAAUGGUGAUUUGAUUCGUAAUCACCAGCGUAGUCUAUCUGUUGGUGCUAUGGUUUCAUUACCUAAUCAUACGGAGAUCAAUAAAACAGUCAAUCUUCCUUUUGAUGGCAUUGAUAAUGAAGUCCCAGAAGCAGCAGGUGCUGUUGAGAAGGAGGUGGAUAUUAAUGGCAACAAUGGUGGCGGUGAUGGCAAGGAGGAGAAUUCCAACCGUGAAGGGUGUGAUCAGCGUGAAUGCUCAGAGCAUGUUCUCCCCGAUACCCUUUUCAUGUCUCCCACAAAAUCAGCUGGGAAUCAGCAAUCUGACUUCACCGCUGCCUUGAUGCAUGCUAAUGAAAGCACCAAAUAUUCAGUCACUUCGACUUCGACUUCAACUGAGAAUAACCUUUCACUGGCCACCACCUCCACUGUUGAUGUGGCUUCUCACUAAUUAAAUUUUUGUAAAUGCAAAGGUUUAAUUGCAGGCAUAAAGCUAGUGAAUUGUAGGUAAUAAUGAUGAGCAUUCCCGCAGGAUUUAAUUUGCUUAGAUGAGAGGGAAAUUAGUCUACGCAGGAAAUAGAGAAGCUUAUAAAAAGGGGAGGAAAGUUUUUCAGAUGUAUAGCAAAUCGUAUACCAGCACUGAAGAGUAGAUCUGUAGACAAUAUCUGAACGAGAUCGCUACCACCAUCGUCAAUACAAAUACUACUGACAGCAAAGGGAUAUUACAUACUUAAUGAACAGACCAAAUAAUUUAUAAGUCUGGUUUUUCUUUUUGUUUUUUUUUUAAGCUUGUGUAGGUGUGCUGGACCAUAGAGACCAAAUCAUAACUAAGGAAUUACAAUCUUUACCAUGUUUUCGUUUCUAAA